ACAUGUAUGUAUAGACGGGAGUUUCAUUAGUAGCACCAGUGCUGGUUUUUGUCCUCUUUAUUCUCCUUUCCCAUUAAACCCUUGUGAACCAUAAAAACACAAAAACCAGAAAAAAGUAAAAAGAACAAUUUCCAUUUCCCUCUCUCUCUCUUCUUCUUUCUCUCUGUCUACAAGCCUUGUGAGUUGAUCAGGUCAUGUCGUCGCCUCCAUGGUUCAGCCAUUCAAGCAGCGCCGGGUCAACACGCCGCCCACGAUCCACUUACCUCCCCCCGCACCUCCGUACACAGCCUAAGAUCACGGUCACCAUUCCGCCGCCGCCGUACCCGAAACCUGCUGGGCCAUUUGAUAUCUCAGAGAAAUUCGACGAGCUGGAGGUCACGGAAGAAGAAGAAGAAGAAGCACUGGAAGAGAAUAUUAUUAAAACGAAGAAAGUGGGGCCAGGGCCAGAGGUGGAGGCGAGUGGGGUUGACAUACCGCCAGCAGUGACGUCAUUUGAUGAAAUGGGGUUCGCUACGAAGGCGUUGGGAGAUAAUGUGAGGAGGUGCAAGUACGUGAACCCAACACCCAUACAGAAGUACGCUAUUCCGGUGGGCAUGGCCGGUAGGGAUUUGAUGGCGUGUGCACAGACUGGUUCUGGUAAAACGGCAGCCUUCUGCUUCCCCAUUAUCAAUAGCAUUUUGCUUCAUAAGAAUAAUAAUACUAUUACUGGCAUUGGGAGCAGGGGUAGUAGUGCUACGGCUUUCCCCAUGGCUCUCAUUCUUGCUCCUACACGAGAGCUCGCUUCUCAGAUUCACGAGGAAGCAAAGAAGUUUUCGUAUCAGACUGGUGUCAAAGUUGUCGUUGCUUAUGGUGGGGCUCCUAUUGUUCUACAGUUGCAAAAUCUGGAGAAGGGUGUAGACAUAUUGGUGGCAACACCAGGUCGGUUGGUGGACUUGAUUGAAAGAAGAAGAGUUUCCCUUAGGAAUGUUAAGUAUUUGGCACUUGACGAGGCUGACCGAAUGUUGGAUAUGGGCUUUGAACGCCAAAUUCGUAUGAUUGUUCAGCAAAUGCACAUGCCUCCUCCUGGUUCUAGGCAGACUAUGCUUUUUAGUGCUACUUUUCCUGAUCAAAUACAGAGGCUUGCAUCGGAUUUUCUCUCAAACUUCAUAUUUCUUGCUGCUGGAAAGGUGGGCUCAAGUACUGAUCUGAUUGUUCAAAAAGUUGAAUUUGUUGCUGACAUGGACAAACGUGACUAUUUGGUCAAUCUUCUUCGUUCCCAAAGGACAAAUAACACCACCCCUCAGAACAAUGCUUUGACCCUAGUCUUUGUGGAGACAAAGAGAGGAGCAGACUCACUCGAGCGCUGGUUGUGCAGCAAAGGUUUUCCCUCAACUGCCAUUCAUGGCGACAAAAUACAAAUGGAGAGAGAGAGAGCGCUGAAAUUGUUCAGAAGCGGACGCACUCCAAUUCUAGUGGCGACAGAUGUGGCUGCACGUGGGCUUGACAUUCCUCACGUCGCUCAUGUCAUAAAUUACGACUUGCCCAGAGCUGUUGAUGACUAUGUUCACAGGAUAGGAAGGACUGGCCGUGCUGGUAAAUCUGGUUUGGCAACUGCAUUUUUCAGUGACAAGAAUGCCCCUCUUGCUAAGCCGCUUGCCCAGCUCAUGCACCAAGCUAACCAGGAAGUUCCUCUGUGGCUCGAUCAAUAUGCCAAUAACAACAACAGCAACACAUCAUCCCAAUCCCAUUAUGGUAAAUAUGCUGCACCAGAUUAUUCUUACAAUGACAACUAUGCCCUCCCGGACUCAUCAUAUGUGGACCCGACAUAUGCUUCUUCUUAUGCUCCUUAUGAUGUUGCUCCGUAUGAUGCACCUGCUGCGUACUAUGGCUAUAACUAUGAUGGUCCUAUCACUGCAACCGGCUGGGACUAGACUCUUUUUUUUGGUAACUAUGUUUUUUUGCUAACCUAAUCAGUGACCAAGUUAUUUGCUCAACAGUGACCAAGUAAAUGAAUGUUGGUUGAACUAUCAAUUAAUGGAAUGCUUUUCUUUUUUGAUGUUA